GCCGCUGCUCCUGCGCGGCCCGGACUUGCGAUGGCGUUUGUGACUGGGAGAUUGGGGCGUCCUCUGCGGUCGAGUCUUCUGCAGGUUGUUCAGCUACAUCUGAGCAGAACCAUGGGAGCAAGUCAGGAGGACUUCGAAAAUGCAAUGAAUCAGGUGAAGCUCUUGAAGAAGGAUCCAGGAAAUGAAGUGAAGCUAAAACUCUAUGCCCUGUAUAAGCAGGCUACUGAAGGACCUUGUAGUAUACCCAAACCUGGUGUAUUUGAUUUUGUUAACAAGGCCAAAUGGGAUGCUUGGAAUGCCCUCGGCAGCCUGCCCAAGGAAACUGCCAGGCAGAAUUAUGUGGAUUUAGUGUCCAGUUUGAGUUCUCCAUCUGAAUCCUCUAGCCACGUAGAGCCUGGGACUGACCAGAAGACCCCUGGAUCUGAAGAUGUGGUUGUGACCUCUGAAGAUGGCAUCACGAAGAUCAUGUUUAACCGUCCUGCCCAGAAAAAUGCCAUCACCACUCAGAUGUAUCGAGAGAUUAUACUUGCACUUGAAGCUGCAAGCAAGGAUAACUCAACCAUCACUGUUAUAACAGGAAAUGGUGACUAUUACAGCAGUGGAAAUGAUUUAACUAACUUCACCAAGAUUCCUCCAGGAGGAAUAGAGGAAGUAGCCAAAAGUGGUGCCGUUUUACUGAGGGAAUUUGUAGACUGUUUUAUAGAUUUUCCUAAGCCUCUGAUUGCAGUGGUGAAUGGUCCAGCUGUGGGAAUCCCCGUCACCCUUCUUGGGCUGUUUGAUGCUGUAUAUGCAUCGGAUCGGGCAACAUUUCAUACUCCAUUUAGCCACCUCGGCCAGACGGCAGAGGGAUGCUCCUCUUACACUUUCCCGAAGAUAAUGGGCCCAGCCAAGGCAACUGAGAUGCUUAUUUUUGGGAAGAAGUUAACAGCAAGAGAGGCAUGUGCCCAAGGCCUUGUAACUGAAGUUUUUCCUGAAAGCACUUUCCAGAAAGAAGUUUGGGCCAGACUUAAAGCAUAUGCAAAACUCCCCCCAAAUGCCAUGAAGAUUUCCAAAGAGUUAAUCAGAUCUAAUGAAAAAGAAAAGCUACAUGCAAUUAAUGCUGAAGAAUGCACUAUCCUCCAGGGAAGAUGGCUGUCUGAUGAGUGCAUGAAUGCAAUUGUGAAUUUCCUAUCCAGGAAAGCAAAACUCUGAUGACCAUUAGGUAUGCUGGGAGUUCUGAUUUCUAAUACUUGAUCUAAAUCAACUUCCUUGUGCCUUUUUCCAUUGCUAACAUAAUUAUUAUGAUAGUAAAAAUGUUACCAUUAAACUGUUACCCUUACACCUCUGAUGAAAAAUAAAACCUUCAGUAAAGGAA